AUGGACGAAAGCGCGGCCACCGAAGGCCUGUCAUCGGGGCCACCAUUGCCCUCAGCUCCUGAGCCCGAGGCGCGGCCUACUUCUCCGAGCCUGGCAGCGACGCACCCGGAUGCGCCUAGUACAGCCUCUGGCAGUACGCCCUUGAACCCGCUCCCGGGUGUCUCUACAUUCGCCCCUGGUACGGGCACCCCUCAGAUACAGCAGCCUAGGCCUGUUGCGAUCGCGCCUGCGAUGCCUCCUAGAACGUCGCCUGCGAGCACCCAUCCUGGCCCGGGUGGUAACUUGAUGGCAACCAUGGCUAACCAUGACCGUGAAUCAACACAGCCCACAUGCCAGAACUGCGGUACCUCGACCACGCCGCUAUGGAGACGCGACGAGCACGGCGCCGUCCUCUGCAAUGCCUGCGGUCUCUUUCUCAAACUGCAUGGCCGACCUCGGCCUAGCUCCCUCAAGACCGACGUUAUCAAGAGCCGCAAUCGCGUCAAGACUAUGCGCCCUGAUCUUGCAAAGCAGAAAAAGGCGCAACAAAACCAAGCUCUCCCCGCUGGCGCCGACGUGAACGGCGCUGACCUUGCCAAUGGGAAUGGCGCCCGCGGACCGUCGCAAAAAUCGACCAAUGGCCACAUGGACGACACAAACUCCCCCAUUUCACGCACCGGAACACCGAACAUGUAUAACCCGCACAUGGCGCCGAUGUACGGAAAUCAAGAUGAACAGUUUCAGGCGCAACAGCUGUCCGGGUUUCAAGUCGCCAGCGGGCCUGGUGGCCAUGCUUCACCCCUGAAUGGCGAGCGCACAGAUAUGCCUCAGGGACAUGACGAGAAUUCGCAGCUGAGGACGCGUGUGAGCGAACUCGAGGUCAUUCAAGAAUUGUACCGUGGACGAAUCCAACAACUCGAACAAGAACAGCAACAGCUGCAAGCGCAAGCUCGACAGCAGCCAGAGAAUGGCGGCUCUGAUUCGGAUGCCCAGCUCCGCGCACAAAUGGAUGCUCUGACAGAUGCCCUCAACCAGGCUCGAAGCCAGAACGAAACCUUGACCGCCCAACUCGAGGUCGCGACUGUUCAAGCCGAAGCCCUCAAUGCUGCGCAUGCGCAGUUGCAAAACGAGCUGGAGGAAAGCCACCGCAGGGAAAACAUGCUUAAGCGGCGCCUAGAUGAACUCGAAGUUGAGCUCAAGGAAGCCAGGGAUUCCCGGGAUCACACAUUCGAGGACGGCCGAGCUGCCAAGAAGCCAAGGGUAGAAGAACCAGAGCAACCGAUUGUCUUUGAACAGCAGGAUCAUCAGCAGGAAGAAACUCUUCCCCAACCCGUUUCCAUUCAAAUCGUUCCCAUUCCCGAACCGGUUGUCAACCCCGCGGCGGAGACUGCCCUUGAGACAGCCAACGAGACGUUACCAGAGUCAAUGGAGGAGGAUACAAAGAUCGAAGUGACCGCGCCAUAG